ACGAAUUUCAGCCACUUUCCCUGACGCAAGGUCAGGAUCGUUACGAAUAGGACAAAUAUACACCAAGCCUUCGAAGGAUGAGGUUCCAGUUCAACUCCUACUUCGCGAGUUUCUCAGAAACCCAUUCUCUACAACUCCAAUUCUUACGCCAGUUUCGCCUGUAGGAUCGUAGGAACGAGCACUACAAGAGAAGGGAUUUCCGACUCUCCUGGAGCUCUACCGUAGUGUUUGGUUUUACGGUUGUGUGGUUGUGUGGACACCAGGAAUUUCAACACUAAAAUCCUAAAUUCAUAAAGACCACUCAGAAUCAUGUAGUCAUAUUCAAUCAAAUCUCUUUUCAAAUCCAGAAGGGAGAGCCUUGAUGAAAGUGUGAAAGUGUUUUGAUAAUAUUCAGAAACAUGGUGAAAUCAACAAUUUCAGCUAUACUGGUAUUGGUGCUGCACCUUUUUGUUCUUCAUCUUCAAUAUUCAGAGGUUCAUUCGCUUGCCAAUACCUCUGCUCAUGAUUUUAGCUACUUGGAAUUUGUUUACGAUGCCAAUGACACAAAGUUGGAAGGAACAUACGACUACAUUAUUGUUGGUGGAGGAACAGCAGGGUGUCCAUUGGCAGCAACUUUGUCAGCAAACUACUCGGUGCUUGUUCUGGAAAGGGGCACUCUUCCUACAGAUUAUCCAAACCUGUUGACUUCAGAUGGGUUUAUAUAUAAUCUGCAGCAAGAAGAUAAUGGAGAGACACCAGUUGAAAGGUUCGUGUCUGGAGAUGGUAUUGACAAUGUAAGAGGGAGGGUCCUCGGUGGCACGAGCAUGAUCAAUGCCGGAGUCUACGUAAGAGCUAACACCUCGUUCUUUAAUCAAACAGGGAUUGAAUGGGACAUGGAUUUGGUUAAUAAGACAUAUGACUGGGUUGAAGACACUAUUGUGUUCGAGCCAGAUUUCCAAUUUUGGCAAAAUCUUACAGGAACUGCAUUCUUGGAGGUUGGUAUUCUUCCAGACAAUGGAUUUAGUCUGGAUCACAUAGUAGGAACUAGACUCACCGGCUCAACUUUCGACAAUAACGGAACCAGACAUGCAUCUGAUGAACUGCUUAAUAAAGGAGACCCAAACAACUUGCGAGUUGCAGUUCAUGCCGCAGUAGAGAAGAUCAUCUUCUCUUCCAAUUCGUCAGGUGUGACCGCUAUAGGAGUUAUAUAUACUGAUUCGAACGGAACGACUCAUCAGGCAUUUGUACGUGGUGAGGGGGUUAUAUUGAGUGCAGGGCCAAUUGGGUCCCCUCAACUUCUACUACUUAGUGGUGUUGGCCCAGAGUCAUACCUAACAUCUCUGAACAUUUCAGUUGUUGCUUCCCAUCCAUACGUCGGGCAGUAUAUAUAUGACAAUCCUCGUAAUUUCAUUAACAUUUUGCCCCCAAAUCCAAUAGAAGCCUCAACUGUAACUGUUCUAGGCAUUACAAGUGAUUUCUACCAAUGUUCUCUAUCAAGCUUGCCAUUUUCUAUUGCACCCUUUGGUUUUUUUCCUAAUCCAACUUAUCCUCUUCCAAAUACGACUUUCGCUCACAUUGUUAACAAAGUUCCGGGACCAUUAUCUCAUGGUACUGUCACGCUGCAAUCAACCUCUGACGUGAGAGUUGCUCCAAAUGUCACAUUCAAUUACUAUUCGAAUUCAACGGACCUUGCUCAUUGUGUAAGCGGCAUGAAGAAUAUUGGUGAAUUCUUGAGCUCAGACGCAUUAAAACCGUAUAAAGUUGAAGAUUUGCCGGGCAUAGAAGGUUUUGAUAUUUUGGGAAUACCUUUGCCAGAAAACCAGACAGAUGAUGCAGCCUUCGAAACAUUUUGCCGAGAGGCAGUAGCCUCGUAUUGGCAUUACCACGGUGGAUGCCUUGUCGGGGAGGUGCUUGAUGAUGAUUUCCGUGUUACAGGGAUCAACGCAUUACGCGUCGUUGAUGGCUCCACAUUCCCUUCCACACCAGCAAGCCAUCCUCAGGGCUUCUAUCUGAUGUUAGGGAGGUACGUGGGCUCUAAAAUUCUGCAAGAAAGAUUAGCUUCAGAGGAGGCUCUUCAUAAGUCAACAUUCCAACCCAAAAUCUUAGAGUCGCUUGAGUCAGCAUUAUCCUUUGCUUUUGAAACUUAGUUGAUAAACCCAUGAGUUCUGACUAAAGUGGGAUUAGGCUUAGGCUUAGGCUCCUUCUAUCCGCCAUGGC